AUGGGAGAGUACGAAAGCCCUUCUGAAAGAAAAAAGGGUGAAAUGAAUCCACGUGAGGUCGUGCACAAGACCGUAGCAGAGGAUUUUGGAGGAAUUUCCAGUUGUUCUGGUAUAGGAAUGGUGCCUCGAGAUAGACAACAGGUUAAGGAUUUUUCAAGAAAUAAAAAGAAAAGUAAACGGCAAAGGAAAACACUAUCAGAAGACGCCAACGACGAUGAUCCUUGGUUUCGCCUACUCGGAGAAAGCAAAAAGCAAGCGUCAAAUAGAAGUACAGCCUUUAUAAGAGAUGUAAGAGUCGCACCUGAGCCGCUUUGUGUUAUGACGUCGGACAGGCAAUUAAAUGACCUAAAGCGGUUCUGCUGCAAUCCCGUAGAAUUUCGUCCAUUUACCGUGGAUCCAACCUUUGAUAUUGGACAUUACAAUGUCACGCCAAUAACUUAUCAACAUCUGCUGCUCGAAAACAGACGCGACGGAAAGCACCCAUCUUUAAUCGGCCCAGUUUUACUUCACAAUAAGAAAACAGAAGAAACGUAUUCAAGCUUCAGUGCAACACUGAAAACACUGGAACCAGGUUUACGGGACCUAUUGGCAUUCGGCACGGAUGAUGAACAGGCCCUCAUCUCAGGGUUUCGAAACAACUUUGAUCGAUCAAUUAACUUGCUUUGCGAAUUACAUUUGCAGAAAAAUGUCGAAAGGAAGCUGCAAGAAUUGCAAAUCCCAAAACAAAGUAAAGUUGAAAUCAUCACCGAUAUAUUUGGCAGGAGGCAUAGCGAUAUUGUAGAAAGUGGAUUAACGGAUGCCAAGAGUGCGGAAGCGUUCGAUACAAUGCUGGUUAAUCUAAAGGAGAGAUGGUCUUCCCUUCAUACUAAAGGCCAAGUCUUUUAUGACUGGUUUGUCUCCAGAAAACGUGAUGAAUUCAUCAAUUCCGUUAUCAGUAUAGUACGCCAAAGAGCUGGUCUAGCCGUGUUAAUAAAACGGAUGCAUGCAUUAUGUGUUUAUAUGUCUUUAACCACCCAUACAUACAGUUUGUCCGUGGAGAGAUUUACAACAUCUGUAACGUUGUUGCAAAUAAACACGCGCUGA